AUGAACAUGAUGAUCGCCACACUCACUCGGUUAGCAUACAUCUCCCUCUACUUCGUCAGCAUCUACGACGAGAAAGCUGCGAAGAAGUGGCGCAAAGCAAUGCGGUUGAAGUUUUCUGUCUUGCUAUGCUCUGUGGUCGAGAAUGUCAUGAAGCCUGCUAAGACUUCUGCUGCCGAGACGAACGUCCAGCAGGCGCUGGACGAGCUUUGA